CGCGUGCGUGCUUGUCAUAUCCGGGAGCUUUACGUUUAUAAACAUAAUCUCGUGCGCUACUGUCACAAUCUUGCCUGUAAUGAUCUUAAAUGACUUAAGUGCUUUAAAAACAGAAACAAAAAUCAUUUUUAUUGUGACUUGUAAUUAAGGUAAUCGUCAUCAGACUAUCCCGAGGCUGAAAUAUCACGUUCAAGAGUGAAUAAACUCAAGAAGAUGCCAGCUCGGAACACUAUAAACAGUGGAGUCAGAUACUCCAAACUAGCCAGUGAUGAUGAUGGAUACAUUGAUCUCCAGUUUAAGAAAAGUCCACCUAAAGUCCCUUAUAAAGCGAUCGCCCUGGCAACCGUUCUCUUCCUCAUCGGCUCCAUUCUGAUCAUCAUCGGAUCCCUCCUCUUAGCAGGAUACUUUGAAGUUAAUGAUCACCGUGAUCGCACCAUCCCAGUCCUGGUGAUUGGGAUCCUGGUCUUUCUUCCGGGGUUUUACCACCUGCGCAUCGCCUAUUACGCCUCCAAGGGUUACCGCGGUUAUUCCUACGAUGACAUCCCUGACUUUGAUGACUGAGCAGCGGCGACAGGCUGAUCUGAACAGAGCUUUGAACCUGGUUUUCCUGCAGCGCCGCUAUAUCAGUUUAUCAUGGAUGUAAUGCCAUUAUUUGUAAUGCAGACAGGUCUCAGUUCAGUGGUUAUAUUAGUAUGCUGUAUGGAGUUACAGGUUGAUGCAACAAGCAAAGUCUGAGGCAAGAAAAACUACUCAAAACAUGCCACAUGCUGUUUUAUAUUUGACGGCUCUUGUGAUGGAUUGCACGAGCGUUCAAAUCUGUCAUUAAUGAUAGGUUUAUUUUUUAUUUAAUUUUUUUUACAUUAACAUUACUGUUUCAAUCCAUUCUUGAAAAAAAAGUUUAAAUUUUCAAUACAUUUGUGUAUGAUGUGAAUAAAGCACCAUUACAGAGUUUUCAUCUUUAAUGUCUAAUGCCAUGUCACUGGAUUUAACUUAUUUAAAUUUAUUUGAUUUUAUUGGCAUUACAGAGGAUACUUUAUGAAUAAAUAACUUGUUUCAAAAUGACUGACUGAAGAUUAUCAUGAUUGCACUAAGAAAGCCUCUCAGUUUAUUCAGUUUAAAAAAAAAAUGUAAACCCUGAUAAUAAAACUACAUUUAC